AUGUUCCCUGCUCAUGUAAUAGGGCCAAACGGCAUCAAGCGACUGGAGAGGUUUGACCCAGGAGAGGAGCUGCUGCUCACGCCUUACCCAAUUUCCGACCCUUAUGGAGUCGGAAAGCGCUCUCAUCACGUCUAUGCUGUCGGCCCUGGGAGCCCGGAACCCGCGUCUUCCACAACAUCGGGAGACGCCGAACCUCCGCGCAAGCGUUCCAAGCCGACUACCGAAUAUGCUGCGGGCACCGAGAGCGGUGAAGUUCCCGACGAUGACGCUGACUUCAUAGCACGCGCCGACCCGAAGACCAGGGUCCGGCUGGUUAUCCAUAAAGCAAUUCGCCUGAUGAACAACGUCACAGGUCACAGAGUUAUCAUCUGUCGCGUCGAAGAUCCGCCCACUGCCUUUUCAGCCGAGAACGGGCACGCACGCCACUUGACAGACGCUAAACUGGUUAUUGUCAAAAUAUAUGGCAAAUCAUCUCUGCGGUGUAGCCCGCAUGGAAACACACCCGAUCAAGCCAAUUGGUAUCAUGACUUUACUCAGGAAGCCUCGGUGUACCAGUACCUCUACGACAAGAAGCUGACAGGCCACCCGCAUCUUGCGCCUCAGUAUUAUGGGACGUGGGCUCUAACCAACGAAUCGGACCAGGGAAGCCCGCACAGUUUGGGAGACAAGUAA